CCACCACGUGGAGCCUUUCUCCCGUUCUGUUCCGUUCAGUCGUCUCUCUCUUUUUCUACCGAAAACGGUAACAGGCAGCAGGCACUUUUCAGCAGCUGCUCCGUGCGUGCGUGUGUGUGUGCGAGAUCCGAACCGAACCGAUCUGUUCCGUUACCGUCGCCGUACCGUUAUCCUUCGCGAACUUCAAGGGACACUCCUUCGCGCUGCACUAACCCACCAUCCUUGAUUAUCAGUCAAGUCCAAUCGACGCCAAGCCGGAAUAAUGUCAUCCGCCGCGAAGAAACGCGAGGCGCAAAAGAAGAAGGAUGCGCGCAACAAGAAGAUCCAACAGAUACCAUCCACCAAGAAGGCCAACGGUGUUCCGGAACGCGAACUGACCGAGGAGGAGAAGCUGUGUGCCAAGCUGGAGGAGGAGGCUCGGAUUAGUGCGGAGGCCCGAUCCUGCACCGGAUCGCUGGCGGUGCAUCCGCGUUCCCGCGAUGUCAAGAUCGCCAACUUUUCGAUCACGUUCUUUGGCUCCGAGCUGCUGCAGGACACCAUGCUGGAGUUGAAUUGCGGACGUCGCUACGGUCUGAUUGGCCUGAACGGAUGCGGUAAAUCUUCGCUGCUGGCCGUGCUUGGCGGCAGGGAGGUGCCCAUACCGCCGCACAUCGACAUCUUCCACUUGACGCGCGAAAUCCCGGCCAGCUCAAAGAGUGCCCUACAGUGCGUCAUGGAGGUGGACGAGGAGCGCAUUAAGCUGGAGAAGCUAGCUGAAGAGCUGGCCAUGAGCGAGGAGGACGAUGCCCAGGAGCAGCUGAUCGAUAUCUACGAGCGGCUGGACGAUAUGUCCGCUGAUCUGGCAGAGGUCAAGGCGGCCCGCAUCCUUCACGGUCUUGGCUUUGACAAGGCCAUGCAACAGAAACAGGCCAAGGACUUCUCAGGUGGUUGGCGAAUGCGUAUCGCCUUGGCCCGUGCUCUGUUUGUGAAGCCCCAUUUGCUGUUGCUGGACGAGCCGACGAAUCACUUGGAUCUUGACGCUUGUGUGUGGCUGGAGGAGGAGCUAAAGACAUACAAGCGCAUCCUGGUGCUCAUCUCGCACUCGCAGGAUUUCCUUAACGGUGUCUGCACGAACAUCAUACACCUGACGGGCAAGCGACUCAAGUACUACACCGGUAACUACGAAGCCUUUGUGCGCACACGAAUGGAACUGCUGGAGAACCAGAUGAAGCAGUACAAUUGGGAACAGGAUCAAAUUUCGCACAUGAAGAACUACAUUGCUCGCUUCGGUCACGGUUCCGCCAAGUUGGCACGACAGGCGCAGUCCAAGGAGAAGACUCUGGCCAAGAUGGUGGCACAGGGACUCACCGAGAAGGUGUCCGAUGACAAGGUGCUCAACUUUUACUUCCCAUCGUGCGGCAAGGUGCCGCCACCCGUGAUUAUGGUGCAGAACGUGAAUUUCCGUUACAACGAUGAGACACCGUGGAUCUACAAGAACCUGGAGUUCGGUAUCGAUCUAGACACACGUCUCGCUUUGGUGGGACCCAACGGAGCUGGCAAGUCUACGUUGCUGAAGCUGCUUUAUGGCGAUCUGGUGCCCACCUCCGGCAUGAUCCGCAAGAACUCCCAUCUGCGCAUCGCCCGCUACCACCAGCAUCUGCACGAGCUGCUCGAUUUGGACGCCAGUCCGCUGGAGUAUAUGAUGCGCGCCUUCCCCGACGUCAAGGAGAAGGAGGAAAUGCGCAAGAUCAUUGGUCGCUACGGCCUCACUGGUCGCCAGCAGGUCUGUCCCAUCCGUCAGCUCUCCGAUGGCCAGCGGUGUCGCGUGGUGUUCGCCUGGCUGGCCUGGCAGGUGCCCCAUCUUCUGCUACUUGACGAACCUACCAAUCACUUGGACAUGGAGACUAUCGAUGCGCUCGCAGAUGCAAUCAACGAUUUCGAUGGCGGCAUGGUGCUAGUUAGUCACGAUUUCCGUCUGAUUAAUCAGGUAGCUGAGGAGAUUUGGGUGUGCGAAAAGGAGACGGUGACCAAGUGGAAGGGCGGAAUUCUGGACUACAAGGAUCAUCUGAAGAACAAGAUCACAUCCGAGAACGAGAAGAAGGCCAAGGCGGGAAAGUAGAUCAUAUCCGAUAGGUACCCCAGAUCUAGUGGAUAGACCACCAACGGCCACACACCCGCACACACACAGUCGGUCACCCAAAACACCCAAACACAACACACAUCUCCCAAACCACAAGGACAUUCAGAUCACUAUCCUUUCUCUUCAAUAGGCGGCGGGCGACAUCCGGCUAUUGGGCUGCCCGUUCGCUGCAAUCCAUUCUGUGCGAAAUUAGUUUUGAGUUUACACUACGCUAUAGUGAAGUCAUGUAAACGGCAAUUCGACCGGCAAACCUACCGUCAACAAUAAAACUAGAACACCCAAACCAAACCAAACCAAUCACAACCAUGCAUAACACAACC